CAAAUGCAUGUGACCCAACUAGCUAGUCAUGGACGCGCAUCUCUUAGGCCAUCUCCCCUUUUCUUUCUUGCAUGGCUACACCCACAAAUCAUAGUGACCCAGAGCUUGAAAGUUGCUUUUUCUUUGAGAUAUGAGAACCCAUCACAUUACACCUUAGUGAACUUAGACUUAGAGGAUCUGCUCAUAGAGAAACAUGGCAAGAACCAAUUCAAGUUGUAGUAAUUACUUGUGUAAUUAUAGUACUUUUUGAUACUCCAACCUGUUAAAAAUUUGGUGGUAUUGGUUUUUAAAGCUUAGUAGGGUGAAAAAGUAGAAUGAUAUUGACACCUCUUGCAAGGAAACAACAGUUUCAAAAAGAUGAGUGAUUUAAUUAAUAGGGUUGCAGAUUUGAUAUGUCAGAUUCUUGGCUCUUUCCUAGAGAUGCAACAGACAAGGGUGGGCUGAAGUGAACUUUUCCAAUCUGUUUCCAACAACAGCCCAUGUUCUAGUUUCUUAUUCAGAUAACCUUAUCAUUAUUUAUUUAUAUUUUUUUCUACUAUUUUUCUCUUAGAUUUCUGUCAUAGUCCUUGCUGCUCACCUGAUUUGGUAUCUUUCUACCAAUCAUAUUACAUUGCCACCCUUUGUGUUUUACCCCCUGUAGUCUUUGACUCUUUUUCAUUUUCAGCUCAUCUUGGGUGCAGAUCUGCAAGGUUACUUCUUUUUCAGUAGGCCAAAGUUGUUCAAAGGGAAAGUUUAUGCUUUGUUGGGGUUCUCAAGGGGAAAACUCAAAUACCCAGAUUGGAUCCAUUGAGGCUUGAUGGUAAAGGGAAAAGCUCUGAUGCAUUUCUGGGAAACUGAAAGUAGAUUUGUGUGACAUGCUUAUUUGUUAGUUUUGGUUGAUUCAUGCUAUUCAACCAGGAACAACCUUUUGUAAUCUUAUUUUCUUGAGAAGAAUAUAGGAGACAAAGAAAAAAAAAGGGUUUCAAUUUCUUGAGGGAUUGUGAUGAUGGGGAAGGUUCAAGGCGGUAAGGUCUUGUCUUUGCUCCUUGUUAUUGUAUUCUCUGCAAGUUUUAGAAAAGGUGAAGCUCAGUCAAAGUCUUUUCUGAUAAAUUGCGGCACAAAUUCUAGUGUCAAUGUGGAUGGUAGAAAAUGGGUUGGCGACUUGUCCGCUGAUAAUAAUCUCACCCUUAGUUCUCCUGAGGUUGUUUCCGCUACUUCUACACUAAGUGGUGAUUCAAUCUUUGCACCUCUCUAUAAAUCUGCCCGCCUUUUCAGUGAUGAGUUGAAUUACACGUUUAAUGGAAUCCAGGGGAAGUAUUUCUUGAGGCUUCAUUUCUGUCCCUUCUCCUUUGAUGACCACAAUGUAAAUGAAUCUUCUUUCGAUGUUGUGGCAAAUGGUCUGAAACUCUUAGAACAAUUUAAUGUUGCUGGUGAGAUUGCACACAAGAAUUUGUACCUCCAAGCUAUGGGAACUAAUUCCAGCUCGUUCUCAUUGGUUAAAGAGUAUAUUUUACCUAUUAAUUUAGGUAAGCUUGUGAUUGAGUUCACCCCAACAAAAGGAUCAUUUGGGUUCAUUAAUGCCAUGGAGAUGGUCCCCGUGGCCGAUGAGCUUUUUGCAGAUUCAGUCAGUAAAGUGGGUGGAAAUGAUGCAAAUCUGAAUCUAAGUGGAAGGGGUAUUGAAACUAUGUAUAGGUUGAAUGUUGGGGGUCCUGAGAUUAAUGCCAGUCAGGAUUCAGAAUAUUGGAGAACAUGGGAUGUGGAUUCUGGCUAUAUGAUCACAGCAAAUGCAGGUUUUGAAACACACAACAGUUCUAAUAUUACCUAUGCUUCUGCAAAUGAUUCUUCACUGGCUCCUCUUCUUGUGUAUGAAACAGCAAGAAGCAUGUCCAACACCGAUGUGUUGGAGAAAAGGAUCAAUAUGUCAUGGAGGUUUGAAGUGGAUCCUGAUUUUGAUUACUUAGUCCGCUUACACUUCUGUGAGCUGGUUUAUGAUAAGCCGAGCCAGAGGAUUUUCAGAAUCUACAUAAAUAACCGGACUGCAGCAAAUAAUUUUGACCUUUUUGUCAGGGCAGGGGGAAUAAAUAAAGCUUAUCAUCAGGAUUACUUUGAUGCGGUUUCUUCCAAAAUCAACAUCCUCUGGAUUCAACUGGGUCCUGACACUGCAGCUGGUGCUUCAGGAACUGAUGCUCUCUUGAACGGGCUGGAGAUUUUCAAGCUUAGCCGAAAUGGAAAUCUUGCCCACGUGCAGAGAUAUGAUUCAACUGGGAAUUCAACUCACAAUUCAAAAUCUUGGAUUCUUUGGGUGGGAAUUGGUACAGGUGUAGCCAGUGUUGCCAUUCUUGCAGCUGCUGGUACCUUUUUAUUUUGUUUCUGCAAAAAACAACGAAGAGAAUCAGGUGACAUGAAAAACAACACUCCUGGGUGGAGACCAUUGUUCCUUCAUGGGUCCAUUUUAAAUAGCACUGCUAAUGCCAAAGGAUUAUCUAGACUUCAAAAUAUAAAUGGAUCUAUUGCCUCCAUUGGAGUUGGCAAGCAAUUUACACUUGCAGAGAUUCGGACAGCUACAAAUAAUUUUGAUGAAAGUUUAGUGAUUGGUGUAGGGGGCUUUGGUAAAGUAUUCAAAGGGGAGAUUGAAGAUGGCACCCUUGCAGCGAUAAAGCGGGCAAAUCCACAAUCCGAGCAAGGGCUUACUGAAUUUCAUACUGAGAUUGAGAUGCUUUCUAAGCUUAGACAUAGGCACUUGGUUUCCUUGAUUGGAUUCUGUGAUGAACAAAAUGAGAUGAUCUUGGUCUAUGAAUACAUGGCAAAUGGGACUCUUAGAAGUCAUCUGUUUGGAAAUGAUGUCCCAGCAUUGACUUGGAAGCAGCGAUUGGAAGCAUGCAUUGGUGCUGCUCGGGGACUGCACUACCUUCAUACAGGAGCAGAGCGGGGAAUUAUUCACAGGGAUGUUAAAACAACCAACAUUUUGUUGGACCAAAAUUUUGUGGCAAAAAUGUCAGAUUUUGGGCUGUCAAGAACUGGUCCUUCUCUGGAGCAUACCCAUGUUAGUACUGCAGUGAAGGGGAGCUUCGGAUAUCUUGACCCUGAGUAUUUCCGGAGGCAGCAGUUGACUGAGAAAUCUGAUGUCUACUCAUUCGGUGUGGUGUUGUUUGAAGUUGUUUGUGCUCGUGCUGUUAUAAAUCCUAGCUUGCCAAAAGACCAGAUAAAUCUUGCAGAGUGGGCAAUGAGGUGGCAGAGACAAAGGUCACUCGAAACCAUUAUUGACCCACAUCUCAGGGGAAAAUAUUCUCCAGAGUCAAUGGAGAAGUUUGGAGAGAUUGCGGAAAAAUGUCUUGCGGAUGAAGGGAAGAACAGGCCUACCAUGGGGGAAGUUUUAUGGCACUUGGAGUAUGUCUUGCAACUCCAUCAAGCAUGGAUCCGUGCCAACACUAUGGACAAUUCCUUUUCAAGCAGUCAGGCCUUGGGGGAUCUAGAAGAGAGAGAAGCUGAAAAUAGGCUAUAUGAUGGAAAUUCUGGUUCAGGGGCGUCCAAACCAGAAGCUAUAUAGGUGGAUCUGAUGGUGAGCUUGCCUGAUGACUGUUCAAGAGCAGUAAUUGUAUUCCUUUACAGUAUCAUACUUGUAGCUUAAAAUUCUUUUAUUUUUGUUGUAUUAAACUCAAAGUUUGUUGGUGUAAGAUCCUUACUAACAUUGCAGUAAGGGGAGCCAAAUAUGAGAAGAUCAUGAUUAUGUUUCAUUUGA